CCUAGCUAGAACGCGCCGCGGUUGAUGGACACAAAGGGGGCUUGGUGGGGAAAUUUUACACCACUUCAGAGUUUACAGUGCAGUCUCUAACACCCUUACGGAUAGAGCGCGUGUGCCGUGGAAAUUUCUCUUUGAACAGACAAUGGUUUACGGAGCUUUAGUUGGGAUAGUAUCCGCUCAGAUCCUGGGGGCGCUGUGGUACUCUCCCCUGGUUCUCGGCAACGCAUGGAUGAGGGCCGCCUUUCCUGGGAAAACCGAAACGGAAAUACGUGCAGUGAACAAUGGUUCCAAGGCGAUGUACAUAGCCCUGGUCACGUACUCUGUCCUGUGCAUUCUGAUCAACUUUGCUCUGGGAGCAUUGCUGAGAUCCGGGUCCUGUGUAGAUGCCGCAGUGAGAGGCGUUCUGAUCUCCAUAGUAGUCACCCUGAUGGACUUUGUGCAUUGCGCGUUUUCCGCUCGUUCAUUGGUCGUAUUUGUCAUUGACCACGCCUUCGAUACCUGCGUCAUCAUUUUGAUGUGCGUCUGCAUUGCAACUAUUGGUUGAUUAUCAUAUACAGAACGCUAGAUCUGAAGCAGAUAUUAUUGUGCCAUAAAAAGGUCUAUCAUAUAGUAUAUUUUUAUUAUUAUAUAGAAAGACGACAUCUGAAUUUUUCUUUUUCUUUUUACCUCAUAAAUACAAUGCAGAGGUAGCUUAGUAGAUAAAUGUACAUGGGAUAUUUCAAUGUUUUUUGCUUUAAUGAUUCAUUAUAGCUGAUGAAUACCUUGUGAUGCAGAUACACUUAUAUUUAGCGAGUAAAAUCUAAUAAAAAUGGCCAUGCUGUUACUAGCACCAUCUCGUUACAUUAUAGUUUCAACAAAUACAGUGGGUAAUUUCAGGGAACAUCUUGCUCCCAAUGGUGUCAGUUCAUGUUGUAAAGUUAUUUUUUACUCACAUUAAGGCCUAGCACUUUUUUGUUUAGUUUACCUCUUUUUAAAGUCUAUGCACGCAUGCGUAGCAGUAAGUAAUCUUAAUUUUGAUGAAUUGAUGGGGGGAAAAGAAGCUGUAGAUAGUCUUCAUAAAGUUUAAUGUUAAAUAGUACUAUUUUAUAUGUGUAGAUUUGUAACGGAUUUUUAUGAUGUAGUUAAUUAAUAAACCUUGGUGUUUUUCUCUUUAAA